GUAAAAAUUAUAAGGAUGAGAAAUGUCCAUAAAGCUGACCUGUUGACUCAAACCGAUUGCUAUGUGAAGCUAUGGCUGCCAACAGCUUCAUUUCAGGAAGCCCGGACAAGAACUGUGCGCAACUGCAAAAACCCUGUCUGGAACGAGACUUUCCGCUUUAUUAUACAGAGGGCAGUUAAGAAUAAUCUGGAGCUGACAGUCUGUGAUGAAGAUACUUUCACACCAAAUGACCAGCUUUUGACCGUUUGCUUUGAUGUAGCUAAAAUCCAGCCUGGAGAAAAAGUUUGCCUGGUUUUUGAAUUGAAUCCAGAGUCUCGAGAAGUUUCCUGUGUGGAAGUACAGGUGGAUGCAAUUGAAACAAAGAACCUUUUCACAAAGAGAGAUUUCACUUUCACAGUGAAAGGAUCCUAUGAAGGAAGGCAAGAUGUUUCCUUGCGUCCUGAUUCCAGCCAGCAAUGCAGCAAUACAGCCCUGUUCCACUACGUCAAGCACAGUCAACCCUGCCUGGAGAUGAUGCUGCCUGAAAACAACUUUGUGUGUGGUCAUAGAUUUGGUAAAACGGAAGGGGACGUAAGUAGUCCCCUGGUUGUGUCUCUGAACUCCGUGGACUUGCAAGAAAAAGUAACAAUAGCAAGGGGUGAAUCUUAUGAUGUGCAUGUGAGGGAAGAAGAUGGAUAUAAGGACUUGGAUUUACGCUUGGGGUUUGAUCUAUGUGCAGAGGAGAAGGAUUUCAUCUGUAAAAGGAAGAAAGUUGUUGCUGCUGCUCUGAAAGAAGUUCUUCAGCUAGAUGAAGGCUUGCAGGAGGAUGAGGUGCCCGUGGUGGCAGUUGUCACCACAGCGGGGGGCAUGCGGUCCAUGACAUCGAUGUUUGGCAGCCUUUUGGCUCUCCAGGAGCUGGGUGUUUUGGACUGUGUUUCGUACCUCAGUGGUUUAUCUGCCACAACAUGGACCAUGGCAAAGUUAUAUGAAGACGCAAACUGGUCACAGAAGGAUCUCAAAGGGACAAUUGAUGAUAUCAGGAGACACGUGAGCAGAAGCAAGCUGCACUAUUUCUCACUGGAUUAUCUCAAGUACUAUGAAAAGGAGAUUUGUGAAAGAAAGCAAGAGGGACACAAAGUGUCUUUUACCGAUCUGUGGGGACUCUUCGUUGACUCUAUGUUACAUAAUGAGGAAAAUACUCAUAAACUCUCUGAUCAGCAACUGGCACUGAAUCAGGGGCAGAAUCCACUGCCUAUAUACCUGUCCCUCAAUGUCAGAGAUGACUUUAGCACUCUGGAUUUUAAAGAGUGGGUGGAGUUCACACCGUUCGAGGUGGGUUUCCUGAAGUACGGAGCCUCCGUUCGGUCAGAGGAUUUCGGUAGCGAGUUCUUCAUGGGCCGCCUGAUGAAGAAGAUCCCAGAAUCCAGGAUCUGCUUUUUGGAAGGCACAUGGAGUAAUAUAUUUGCUUACAGUUUUAUGGAUGCUGUCCACCUGUCGGGUCAUUCAGAGGACUUCUGGCACAGGUGGACCCGGGACACUGAGCAUGACAUUGAGGAGCGACCUGCUCUGCCCAAAAGGUCCCAUGAACAGAUGACUUCCUUAUCCAUUCCCAAAGGUCGUCUUUCCAAUACUCUCCGAGACUUGAUGACAGGGAGGCCAGUGGUUUCAAACUAUCAUAAUUUCCUCAAGGGCUUGCAGCUACAUAAUGAAUACUUGGAAAAUGAUCGCUUCUGCAUGUGGAAAGAUACAAUACUUGAUUCUUCUCCAAGCCAGCUAAAUGAAAUGGAUGACUACCUCAAGCUGGUAGAUACAGCUUUCUUCAUCAAUACCAGCUGCCCACCUGUUUUGAGGCCAGAGAGGAAAGUGGAUGUCAUUUUGCAUUUCAAUUACAGCGGGGGAUCACAGACCCUGCCUCUGGAGCAGUUCUCCGAGUACUGCUCGGAGCAGGGCAUCCCGUUCCCCCGGACGGAGCUGAGCGAGGAUGAGCGGGAGCACCUGAGGGAGUGCUACCUGUUUGAGGACAACUCGGAGGCACCGAUCUUGCUCCAUUUCCCACUGGUGUGUGACACCUUCCAAAAAUACAAGGCACCUAAUGUGGAACGCAGUCCCAUGGAAAAGGAUCAGGGGCAAGUGAAUGUGUCCAGUUGUGCUUUUCCGUACGGCACUGGUCUACUUACAUAUACUGAAGAAAACUUCAACAAGCUGUUGAACUUGUGCUGCUACAACGUCCUGAACAAUAAACACUUAAUUCUUCAGGCUUUACGAACUGCAGUAGAACGAAAGAAGCUAUAUAAAAGCUGUUCAUUACCUUGA